UGCGCCUAUACAAUUCUACACCCAAAAUGGCCGGAAUAAAGCGUAAAUCUGCAGUACCGAGUGCGUCUGAAAGCAAGACCACCAGUAAGAAGGCCAAAGUCGAGAAGCCCACGUCUAAGCGCGAUUCGAAACACGAGGUGAAGCCUCUGAAGAAGUCGAAGCCUCUGAAAAAGUCGAAAGAGGUCCAGGAAGAAAGCCCCGCAGAGAUCGACGAAUCAGAUGCUAGCGAGGAAGCGAACGUCUCAUUCGGCUUCUCGGCGGGUCAGGAUGAAGACGAAGAGAUGAGCGAUGCAGACAGCGGCGAAGAAGUCGCGCAGAGUGGAAAGGGACAUAAGCGCGCGAAUGAGGAUGAGCUUCCGAAGUUCGAAAACUCGAACAACUCUCGAGAAGCGCAUGCCAAACAGAAAGCCCUUGCCAAAGAACGCAAGGCCGCGAAGCCCAACGCCGAUAUCAUUGAGCGCACGAAGAAGCUCUGGGAGAAACUCAGGCUCAAGUCACACAUCCAGAAAGAUGAGAGGAAGGAGCUUGUCAAGGAGCUAUUCGAGAUUAUAACGGGCAGGGUGAAGGACUUUGUGUUCAAGCAUGAUUCCGUGCGAGUUAUACAGACUGCGAUCAAGUACUCGACAAUGGAGCAGAGAAGGAUGAUUGCGCGAGAAUUAAAGGGAGAGUUCAAGGUCCUUGCUGAGGGCAAGUACUCAAAGUUCUUGAUCGCCAAGCUGAUAGAGAAGGGUGACCCCGAAAUCCGCGACUUGGUCAUCGUCGAGUUCUACGGCCACAUCAAACGCAUGAUCAACCACCCAGAAGCGGCGUGGAUAGUGGACGACAUUUACCGGCAAAUCGCAACCCCGGAGCAGAAGAGCCGCCUCCUCCGCGAGUGGUAUGGACCCGAGUUUUCUAUCAAAGGUCUAGGGACUCAAGGAACAGACAGUGGGGAACUCUCCGUCAUUUUGAAAGAGUCGCCCGAGAAGAGGAAACCCGUUAUGGAUUACCUGGAAAACCAGAUCAAUGCUCUCAUCCAAAAGAAGCUCACCGGUUUCACUAUGCUACACGACGCAAUGCUACAGUACUUCCUGGUUUGCGAGCCUGGUACAGAACAAGCAAACGCUUUCCUCGAGCACCUCAAACCUGACCCGACAAUCAAAGAAGGCGAAGAGGCCGACAAUGUGGAUUUGUUGAAAAACCUGGCAUUUACAAAGUCUGGUUCGCGGCUUAUGUCACUUUGCUUCGCCUAUGGCACAGCCAAAGACCGCAAGCUCUUCCUGCGACCAUACAAGGACACCAUUGAAACAAUGGCUUACGAUGCUAAUGCUCACCAUGUUCUUCUUGCUGCGAUGGCAGUCACAGAUGACACCAAGCUAUCGUCGAAAUCGAUCUUCAGCGAACUUCUACCAAGCAACGACACAUUGCCCGAGAAGGUGAUCAACUUGAUCAACGACGCUCGCGCUCGAACAGUCCUGCUAUAUCCAUUCGCGGCGGAUGCCAAGUGGUUGUUGGACGAUAACACACGAGAACGGCUGGCCGAGAUAUAUACCAUUCGCCAGAAGACCUCCAAGAAGGAUUCAAACACCCGUCUCCAGGAGAUUGCGAAGAACAUCGAACCUCAGCUACUGAGCGCCAUCACCGCACGAGCCUCUGAUUUUGCAUCUUUUACAUUCGGUUUACAGUUCAUGGGCGAAGUCCUCGUUGGUGCACCUGAGGUCGAGCCAGCAAAGCGACAAGAAGCGCUCGUAGAAGUCGCUCGCCUUUCCCAAUCAAUUCUUGACUCUGCGCUCCCUGCCUCCGCCGGUGAUAACAAGGCCACAAGUCACGGAAAGAACAUGCUCAAGACGCUCGUACAAGGUGGCAAGUUUGAUCCUACUACAAAAAAGGUUGUACCCGUAGAGCCUGCGCUUGGUUUUGCAGGUUUAUUAUGGGAUGAGAUCAAGAGCAAUGUCGUGGGCUGGGCCACUGGUCAAGGUUCGUUCGUCAUUGUCGCUCUGACCGAAGCAGAGGAGUUUGAUAGAAAGGACGAGGUUUUGAAGGCGCUCAAGAAGGCAAAGAAGCAGCUCGAGGCUGCCGCCAGCCCUCCGGGAGGUCAAGAGGCAGAAGCUAAAAACAAGAAGCAGAAGAAGGGCGAGAAGCCGGCGGCAAGCGCAAGAGGCAAUGCCGGCGCGAAGAUACUACUUGAAAAGUUGUAGAAUAGGCGUUUUAUCAGCGUGUCCGAGAAACACAACGAGAUUCCAAUGAUAUCAGAUUCAUUCCUUGAGCGGUAUUGAACUGUUGUUGAUGUGUGCAGUCCUCAC